UGCGGCGGCGGCGGCGGAGGCUCUGGCAGGCGCGGGAGCGAGACCGGCAAAGAGCAGGCCAGGCCCGCGGCCCCUGACGCGCCCCCUCGGCGUCCCGGCCUCGGCGGAAGGUGCGGCCGUGCUGCCGCGCCCGGGGCCGCCGCCAUGCCGUUCCUGCACGGCUUCCGGAGGAUCAUCUUCGAGUACCAGCCGCUGGUGGAUGCGAUUCUGAGCUCCCUGGGGAUUCAGGACCCAGAGCGGCAGGAGCCCCUGGACAGGCCCAGUUAUGUCGCCAGUGAGGAGAGCCGGAUUCGCGUUCUCACUGAGCUGCUGGAGAGAAAGGCCCACUCUCCGUUUUACCAGGAAGGCGUGAGCAAUGCCCUGCUGAAGAUGGCCGAGCUGGGACUGACCCAGGCAGCCGAUGUUCUCCUGCGGAAUGGGGCCAACCUCAACUUUGAAGACCCAGUCACCUACUACACGGCCCUGCACGUUGCUGUCCUGCGAAACCAGCCUGACAUGGUGGAGCUGCUGGUGCGCCAUGGGGCCGACAUUAACCGGAGGGACCGGAUCCACGAGAGCAGCCCCCUGGACCUGGCCAGCGAGGAGCCCGAGCGCAUGCCCUGCCUGCAGCGCCUGCUGGACCUCGGAGCUGAUGUCAACGCGGCCGACAAGCAUGGGAAGACUGCCCUGCUCCACGCGUUGGCCAGCAGUGACGGGGUGCAGAUCCACAAUACCGAGAACAUCCGGCUCUUACUGGAAGGAGGGGCAGACGUCAAGGCGACCACCAAAGAUGGGGACACCGUGUUCACCUGCAUCAUCUUCCUGCUUGGCGAGACGGUGGGAGGGGAUAAGGAGGAAGCCCAGAUGAUCAACCGCUUCUGCUUCCAAGUCACGCAGCUGCUGCUGGCUCACGGCGCCGACCCCAGUGAGUGCCCAGCGCACGAGUCCCUCACUCACAUCUGCCUCAAGAGCUUUAAGCUGCAUUUUCCUCUCCUGCGCUUCCUGCUGGAGUCUGGAGCCGCCUACAACUGUUCCCUCCACGGUGCGUCCUGCUGGUCUGGCUUCCACAUCGUCUUCGAGAGGCUGUGUUCUCACCCAGGCUGCGCCGAAGACGAGAGUCACGUGGACCUGCUGCGCAAAGCCGAGACCGUCCUGGAUCUCAUGGUGACUAACUCCCCCAAACUCCAGCUGCCUGAGAACUUUCACAUCCAUCCUGUGGGCAGCCUGGCAGAAAAGAUCCAGGCCCUCCAUUUCUCCCUGAGGCAGCUGGAGAGCUGCCCCCCACCCCUCAAGCACCUGUGUCGCGUUUACAUCAGGUUCUACCUUCAGCCAUGGCCUGUGGAUGUGAAGGUCAAAGCCCUACCUCUGCCUGACAGGCUGAAGUGGUACCUCCUCAGUGAGCACAGCGGCCCCGUCGAAGACGACAUCUAACAGCUCCCAGAUUGAAGGGAACAGGGUCUGGGCAGCUCAGCCAACCUCUGGUGGAUUUAAGUACCUGGGACAGCCUGACGGGGAGCCUUCGGGCCUGCGUGUCACACAGAGCAGGUUGGAGACGGACUUGAUCUUAGUACCAAGAAGGCCAGGUGGAGCCCAGCAACUGCGAUCAUUCCAGCAGGCAAAGGCUUCUGUCGUUCAGGGAGACUGCCCCCCUCCAUCCCUCUGGCAGUACCCUCAAGCUCUCAACCCAUAUUGGAAAAAAGGACAGGGUUUAGAUUUGGGACAAGUUUAUACUCUUAAUUUGAAGGGAGUGCCAGACAUUCCCAGAAGCAGGGUAGCUCUGAGUCUAGGUCCUGAGAGCUGCGUGGAGGCAGAGCUGAAGCCCGAAGGAAGCUGGGUGGGGCCGUGGGGUGCAGCCCAGCGGAGGCCCUUUGCUCCCACCUCCUUAUGUCCCAGGUUCUGUCACUUACAGUGCUUUUGGUGGACGGAGAGACAGCUGACCGACUCCUGCUAGCAUCUGUAGCUCUGAAGCCCCGCCCCCCAAGGCACAAGGCUGUGCUCUGGUGGCCGCUGUUUGUGCCAAACCCAGUGGACCAUGCCUUCUCCCUAAAAGAAUCAUGCAUGACCAGGACAGCCCUUUUCGGAGUGUGUCCUUUUGUGAGGGGUCAUCUGAUGGAGAAAGCUACCAAGACUGAAAGCCAACUGUCCCACCCAAUGCUGAACCCUCACAAAGCUGUUUUCGCCACCUUGGUCAUUGUGAAUUGUGUAAAUGCCUCGGAAAGAAAUGGAGGCCACUCAAUGACAUAUUUAUAUUACCAAAUUAAACUGAUUUCUCUUGGCCUUAAAG